AUGUCAUCAGUACCGCUCCCGGAACCACUCUUGCGCAACAUUCUCGAGGAAGAUGAGCAGUGGUCAAGGGCGCCGAGCCUACACAACGAAGGAACAACGACUACGGCGGCCUCAGCAUCAGACACUGUCACCCCCAUAAAGUCUACUAAACACAGGGCACGACGGAGGGCAGCCACACGCUCCGCUCCCUCCAGGACACGUACCGUAGGGCUCUCCAAGAAGGCCUCCGUAGACUCACUCGGCGACCUUGGGAAGGUGCUCUAUGUCGAGUCGGCGUGCUGCCCGCAGAACAUCUUUUUCACCGGCCUCCAACCUCUGCCGCCCAUGACGUCCAGGGGCGUGGACAACCAGCUCGUCCAGACAGUCCGCGGAGUAGGCGAGCGCAGGCUCGAUCCUCAUUAA